UUUUCAACCAAGUGUAUGUUGAUAGUUACGCGAAUAUAAACGAUGCUGAAGAAAUUCAAUAUUCAGUGCUUCCUAGCCGCACCCAAGGAGGGAUGUGCAUUUACCUUCAAUGUACAUGAUUUUAGCGAAAAAGAAAAAUUUGGAUUUGUGUAAAGUGCAGUGACAAACAAACCACUCUCUUCCAAACAUAUGAUAAAUUGCACAAAUAACAGUGUAUACAAGCUCAAAGAGGCAUAAAAAGAUAGUGAGCAAGUGAAUCGAUGGAAUAAAUCGGCCCUGAUGUAGAAGUGCUAAUUUGGUUGCAAGAUUCCCGCGAUUCAAACGUCUGCGUCAGUCGGUUUCGCGCUGUUCAACGAACUGCUGAUAAAAUCGCGCCGUUCUGUCGGGAACCGGCCGAUACAAAUCGAAUCAUGGAUAUCAUCGACGUUGACGAACUGCUGGGAGACGAUUCGUUUAUCGGCGACACGGAACAACUGGAUGAUGAAGUGGUGGAAAUUCUCAAACAAUGGAAAUCGUGCAGCACCCUCCCAUCAAUUAGCGCCAUUCCAGCAACCAGUUCCAACAGCAGUUUCGGGUUCAGUAGCACUAGUCAUCACUUGAGUAGAAGCCAAAACAGCAGCUUGAACAGCGAUGCUAAAGGUCUAAAGUUUGUCGACACUCGAACAUUCACCAGACCGAAGAAAAGGUUAGACACAACUUUCGCUUCACCAAAUACUUCAGCAGAACUACCACCCGCCAUACGAGAGCACUCCCUGAAGGUAUCUUCACCGCUGUUGAAUCUGCAAAUAGGAGGACCUGUGUCGCAAACCAGCAAUGGUUCAGUCAACGCUAGCCCCAUGCUGCAAAGAAGCUGGCUUGGCGAUGUUUCCCCGCCCGGUUCUAUUAUGUCCUCGAUGGAGUUCUCGGUGAAUGAUAAGAUGGGCACCAGUCUAAUUACCAGUGGAGACUUUACCAACGUGAGCUACCUGCUAAACGGUGCGAACGGGGGUGAUGAAAUGCUCAAUUCACAAAGCAAUUACGACGGCUAUAAGUUGGCCGAUGUGAUAAAGGAUCGACAUUUUUUGGAGAGCCUGUCGUGCUUUGAUGACAACUCGCUCACAAAAGAUUGUGCGAUUUCAAAAACCGAUCUGAACGGGAUCGAGGAGAAUACGUCUGGAUUCAGCACAAUGCAAAACUCGCUGGAGAGUGUGACGAAGAAUGCUGAUGGACGGUUGUCUGAUGCAACGAUUGCUCUGGGAAAUGGGAUGGCCGAUGUUACAUUCGAGUUAGAACCAAAGGAAGUGGUGGCGCCGAUUAGAGCGAAAUUGAAUGGUACAUUCGAGAGAAGGCGCAAUUUUGACACGUAUCGAAAACCAAAAUCUGGUCUGAAUGAAACAAGAGAUGCUCUGCCGAAUGUGGGGGAUGAGGAAACAACGAUACCAAAUCGUACAUUUGAUGCCGAGUCUGACAAUGCAAACCCAUUGAAUACAACAUUCGGAAUGUCAGACAACGGCAAUGGAACGUUCUCGCUGAAUCGAACGGCAAAUGUGAACGGGGCGGACAAACAACUAAAUCAAACUUACGAGUAUUGUGAGAAGAUAUCUCCGGAGAUCCCUGCAGUGAAUCGAACAUUUGAACAGCCUAAGAAUGCUACUUACGUAGAUGAACUAAACAGUCCUGAAAUAGUCUCCAGUAACGGUAAUCAUACUCCGAAUGGAACGUUUGAACUUCCUACAGACAGGGGGAAAGUAAAAGAUACGGUAACUAUGGUUCAAUCUACGCCUUUCGGUCAUGUGCCUAGAGCAAGUCGUGUCACUGAUAUUUGCCAGUACGAAGUGAAUGUUUCUCCUAUCGCAUCGCACUCGGCACGUAGACUAGAUGGUAUGAGGCGAAGCCGAAACUUGGAAAAUGAAAUGAGCAGCCAUCUGGAGACUGAUGAUUUCGAUGUAGAAUUCCGUAAACUUCCAAGCACUCCCAGCACUAAGACUGAUAGCAGCAACGGAUCGCACUUGUUAGAUAAUGAGAAGCGAAUAUCUUUGCAGCACUUUGAGGACUUCGAAAAAUCUAUUCUUGAAAGUGAGCACAAUGGUGUCGAUUUUGACGAAAUGCUAAAUUCGCUAACAGAUGUCAAGCGUUCCAUGGAUAGCGUUAAGAUGCGACAAUCGUUGGAUAAUAUCAAGAAACGUCAUUCGCGAAUGAAUUCGGAAAAACAGUUGGAGGACAUAAGAAAGCGAUCAGAAAUGAAUGAUUCUGUGUCCUCGUCCUCUCUAGAUAAUAAAUUAGCGGAUUCUAUGGCUAAAAGUAUGUCUUCUUCCAGCGGUAGUGAACGACUGUUGAACCGCAGAAGCAGAUACAACGAUGACGUUCAUCUGACUUUGUCUCCGCAACCACAACAACAGCUACAAAAAAGUAUUGAUGUUUCUGUACAUGAUCUGGAGCACAAUCCAACGAACGAAACGACAACAGUGGAGAGUGUAGAUCCUGUUCCUACUGCUCCAGAGGUAGGAAACAGUGAUAAAAAGAAUCGCGAUCGAUUUAAAACGAUUCGCAUUAACAAACGACUCGCGGAAGGAAUGGUUGUUGUACCGAGUCCGGAAGAACCAGAUGACUGUCAAUUUGAAUCGGUUUCUCUUUCUGUGGAGGAAGAGCUGCCCGGUUCACCGACAGUAACGAAAGCAACAAUGCCGAGUGCCUUUAGCCGUAAAGAUUACAACUCACCGAAAGAUUGUCGGUUUUCCAUCACUCCAAACUAUACCGACCACCACAGCAAGACUGAAGAUACGGUUUUCAAACGACCACAGGACAUCUUAGAGAGCAAACCUCGAUCACUAUCUAAGCCCAGAUACUAUGGCGGACCAGGUGGUGGCUUCGGUAUUGCUAAAAAAGAUAUGUCACUUCCACUGACAACCAAAUCUAGCUCUACUGAUAAUUUAGAGAACGAUCGACCGAACUAUCAACAACCUCCAAGUUACCAGUCUAGAUUGUCCAUUGGUGGAAAACCGGCGGGUGGCUUUAAUGUCGGUAGCGGUCCCAAAGGAGGAAGCACGGUUCAAUCGAAUCUGAAAUCUCCAAUGGGUACCAAAUCGAAAUCCUACCACAAUCUGUACUUCAAUCAAAGCAAUCAUGGAGGUUCCAAUAGUAGUCUGAAUCGAGGAUCCACUCCGCUAGGGUUGUCCGCACAAAAAAUGUCGCACAAUAAUAGCAACAAUGAGCUGAAAAAUAACCACUCUAGACUGCAGCUGAACCAGCGAACACCCCGUGCCAGUUCAUUGGUCAGACCACAAACGACGAUAUUGAAGAACUCCGCACCUGACAUAACCACCCGCAGCAACGAUUUGAACUCCAGCAGUAUUACUACAACCAAUUCGUCUCUAUCAGGUGUACAAAUGCGGCUUCCCAAGUCAAACUCCCGGCUGGGACUCGUACGGCCUUCCUCCGGUUACUUUAGUUAUGGCUCUCACAAGAAGAACGGUGACUCCGAUACGGAAUCGAUCAAUAGUUUAUCAUCAUCCUCGGCUAGCUCCAGAGGAAGCUUGUAUCGUGUAGAUAGUCAAAGCAUAGCCAACCAUGUACAAAACACGGUCACCAAUAGUAUUGAUGACAUUAGCGGCACUAUGGGCGUUCAUAGUGGGAACAGCGUGGGACCGAAAGUCAACAACAUAAUCGAAUCCAAACGAACGACCGUAAAUUCGACGAAAAUGUCGAUGGCCGGUGUUGGUACUCCGGUUAAACCUUCCGGAAUCCGACCACCGUCCAAUCUGCGACCACCGACAGCUCGUAGUGCCCUUCCGCGGCCAACUAGUUACGUGAGGCGAUAGAUUGUACGGUACGCGAAUUAAGGUUUUCUCCUCCAGUUUUGAGUAUAUUUUACAUAUAUUUCGUAUGUUUAAAUGUCACCGUGUCAUGUAACAUUUGUUAAUUCCGUAUAUCUAUUCGGACUUCGGAUAAAUUAUUCGCCUUCUUAGAAAAUCUUACAUUUCGCCACAAUCAAAAUGAAGAUUUUAAUCCUAACUAUUGUUUCGUUGCCUUAAGUAUUUUUAUAUAUUUUAUACUGUUUUAUCCACGGUAAAUCUUUCUACAUCUCAAGGAUAAAUCUAAGAGUUCCGAAAAAUUGUGUUACCUACCCGUAGAACCAUGAAUACACUUUGCAGGCGAUGUUUUAAACAUAUUUUGUUCUAAUCGCAUUUCUUAUGCACACAGACAAACUGCGAUCUAUUUGUAGUUUUCAGAAUAAAGAAGCCAACUGUAAUGUUAUCAACUUUCUGUUGCAAAACAACUAUGCCUUAGUAACGUUAUGAUUUUUUUUCUUCAAAAAUUGCCAUUAUCUCUGAAUUCUACUGCAGAAUUCUAUCGUUAAUAUUACUGAAAAGUAUGUUGAUAUUCCUAUCAUUGCAUUUCGUUUUCGAACUCAAUUUUAGCUGUCUUCGUCUAUGUGAUAGAAGCAGACGCCUUCUGUAUAAAAUUUCGUCGUUAUCGCUUAUAGUUAUCAAUUAUUCAUGAUUUACAAUACAUUAAAUAAAGCUAAUUUCGGAUAAAUUUUUACUAAUUCGCGAAGGAAUUGAUGCCGCAAAUACUUAGUAUUGAGAAUAACUUCUUUACGAGUGAAUUCGGUCGCAAGUUAUCAGUAUAAUCAUUAAAAAAGUGUUGCUACCAAGGCUCAGUCGGUAAACCGUUUCACAUGUUAGCUGAAACUAUGCUAGUUUACAGUAGCAAACCAUAGCUAUUAUCAUGAAAAAGAAUAUACACAAACCUUUAUAGCUAUUUAUCUACACAUCAUCUAUCACUACGAUCUGUACAUAAAUAUCUGUAUUGAUUACGAACAAAUAUAUUUUAUACUGUCAGUAUGCAAAAU